AAAAAAACCACGAAAAGUCGACCGUUGAGACUCCACCUCUUCCCUCUCUCUCACUCUCACUCUCACUCUCACUCGCCCACUCACCGCUGCUCGCUCUGAACAGGACGGCCGUCAAAGAAGCCGAUUGUGAGAGAGUUGAACUCAGAACAAAGUAAAGAAACGAAAAUGGCGACUCUGGACAGCCGAUCACCGGGACGGGACCCACCACCAAUCGACGGGAACAUUGGCGUUCAGGCGCCCAAGAUUUCUGUCUACGAACAGACGAGAGAAGAGAGAAUCAGAGCCAACUUGGAGAGGAUGCAGAAGCUGGGCCUCAAGGAGCUCUCUCUGAACCUCAAUCCUCUUUCCCGGACCAAACCCAAGCAGCAGCGCAAAAGCUACACUAAGUUCUCCGAGAGGCCCGAGCUUUCUUCCCCACGCCGCCGCUCGUCUAGGCUGCAAAAUGUACAGCCCCCUAGCUAUUCAGAAGGGAGGAAGUCAAAAAGGGAUGUGCUGGAUGACGAUGAAGGUGCGAAUCGCAGAGCUGGGGGUAGCAAGCCGGAGGUUUACACUGAAGAUCAGGUUAAGAGGCUGGGAGGCACCGAGAGGACCUGGACACUUUUCGUGGAUGGAUAUGGGAAGGAUGGGAGAAGAAUUUAUGAUCCCAUCAAUGGCAAGACUUGCCACCAGUGCAGGCAGAAAACUCUUGGCCAUCGCACUCACUGUAGCAGUUGCCAAAGGGUGCAAGGGCAGUUUUGUGGAGAUUGUUUGUACAUGAGGUAUGGUGAGCAUGUACUUGAAGCCUUGGAAGAUCCGAACUGGAUAUGCCCAGUCUGCCGCGGGAUUUGCAACUGCAGCUUUUGUCGACAAGCAAAAGGGUUUGCUCCCACUGGAAUUAUGUACAGAAAGAUAUCAAGCUUGGGGUACAAGUCAGUUGCACACUACCUCAUGCAGGCUCAACGUCCAGAAACCAAUGUUGUUGCCAAUACAAGCUCAGCUCCUCUAAGUGAAGAGUCUGCUAAAAGGUCAAUUGCAUUUUCAGAUACCGAAGAAGCAGCACCAGAGGAACCUUGUGAAAUCGAGCAUCAACAAGAUACACCAGCUAAGCAACCUCAUUCUGAAGAACUCAAACCAGGCAGCGAAACUCCAGUAUUGAAUAGCGAGAUAAAGAGAUUGGUGUGGAUGGAGGGUGAAGUAGAUUGUGACUAUUCAAAAUUUAUAUCAGCAACUCCUCCUAAAAGUGAAGGGAGGAUUGAAAACAAACUCAAAUAUGAAGAAGAGAAAGAUGAAAUGGUUACAGACUUGGAGGCGGGGCAGAGGAGGCCAAGCAGGAGACUCGAUGUAAGUGAUGAUCACUAUGAGGUUGAAAUAACAAUGGUGAUGGAGGGUAAAGCUUCUGGUGGCACCAUGAUGGACCAAGCUGCUGCACCGAGCCCCAACAGCAUUGGUGGAAGGCUUCGUCGAAGGAGCGGAUUAGGACCUUCUGGUGGCAUCACUAUUAACCAAGCUGCUGCACCAAGUCCCGAUAGCAUCGGUGCAAGGCUGCUUCAAAGGCGCAGAUUAGGUGCUUAAAUGAUCUAGUUCAUGGAGAAGAAGACACAGAACAAGAUGAAGAUUUUUUUGGGUAGGGGAUGGUCUUGUGUCUUUAUUUUGUGAAGCGGAUUGUAGAAGUGUUACUUCCUGAACUAUCAAAGCACUAGCCUGUAUGAUAUGGGUUAUUAGGAAUCUGUUUUGGCAUUGUGGUAGAAGAUGUAAUGUAGUUUGAAGACAUUGUUAGUUCUAGUUUUAAUGUUUUAUCAACAUUCUAGGUUUGCUCUUAUGGGAUUGGUGCAAAGUAGGGGUGGGCACUCGGUUCGGUAAACCCGAACCGAACCGAGCCGAACCGAUUUCAAACCGAACCGAAACCGAAAUAAUAAUAUUCGGUUCGGAAUUCGGAACCACAAUAACCAUAUUUCGGAAAGCAGGGUCUCUCAACCGAACCCGAAAUUCCGAUUGCCGAACCGAAAAACCGAAUCAAUACAGACAGCCCACAUAUUCAUACCGCAUCCCAACUAAAACUGGGCCUUGGCCCAUAUUCUCACCCAUUCCUCAGCCCAUCCCUCACCACUAAGCUAACAGCUAACCCUAAUAAAAAAGAGACGACCCCAACCCUCUCGGCUCCCAUCCACCGUCACCGCUCCACAUCCCACCACCGCCCUUCUUCCCGCCGCCGCCCCCUGCCCGCCGCCGUCCACUCCCUCACUCCAUCAAACACUCCUCCCCGUUCUCUUCUCCUCACCCAGUGCCUGUCAAAGAUCGAAAAUAAAACAUAAAAACCCACAUGCAUCAAAAUAGAAAAGGAAUAGAUCGAGAGGAAGAGAAGGUAGAUUGAGCCAUUGAGGGAGGUGCAAGGAUCUUCAUCGCCGUCUACCGCUGCCGCGCCGCGCUGUUCACUGCAUCAAUAGCCAUCGUGGUUGUCGUUGCAGCUGCCUUGUUCACUCAGUAAAUCGUCGUUGCCGCCGAGUUUGCGGCCGGAGUAGAGAGAGAGAAAGAUUGAGGGAAGGAUUGAUCUGGGGAGCAUAUUCUAUUUCUUAGUGGGAGAUAGAUGAGAGAGAUUGAUCGAGAGAAAAUCAGGGGAGUAGAUUUUGGGGAUAUAGAGGAGAGAUGAGAGAGAGAGAUUGAUUGAGGGAAAAUAUGGGGAACAGAUUGUUAGUGUGGGGAG